UCGCUAUAAAAGGGCCUUCCCUGAGUUCCUACGGAUAGCAGCUGGCAAUAGGAAAAGUAGUGAAGAAAGUCAUUUGCUCCCGUGGCGAAAUAUCCUUUACUGUACAGAACAGGAUUUUACACGAGUGCCAAAGGAUAAAGAAAAUGAGUUCCACGGCUUCUUUGGUGUGUCUUAUUUUUGGGGCUUGGUUGAUAAUCGGGCUAUACGCUGCACCUGAUGACGUUGAGGACCCCUGUCGGCCAGACAGCCACGCUCUACUCAGCUCAGCCAGUAGAAACGUGGCCCGCGGGUCAAGGUAUCGCUCUAUGUCGAGUGCAAGAUGCGACCAACUCCUACACGGGUGGAAGGAGCAGUGGUAUAGGUUCACCGGGGAAGCGGGGAGCAGAAUGGCGACCGAGUGUCCCAAAGGAUACUCCUGCGGCACCUGGGCCUCGCUGUGGAUGAAGGGAACCUUGCCAACCGUGGAAGAAGGCGUGGUGGAACGCAACAUAUGCGGCUCAUACCGGGGCAACUGCUGCAUGCAGAAAGACCCUAUCAUCAGCGUCAAGAACUGCGGGGACUUCUACGUGUAUUACCUUCGCUCCACCUACUUUUGCUCCGCCUACUGCGGGACUGAUGACGUGUGAGCACCUGACUGGCUAGCGCAACGCCUCGUCCCUUAUUUGGCAUAAAACGUGGCGUCAUCAAUUAGGGGAAACUAGCAGUAAUCGGUCAAAUGCGCUGUGUGUAAUAUUAUUACUUUGGUGAUUGAAAAACUACUGUUUGAUGUCAAAUGAGGACAUGACGUUUUGUUGUGGAAAAAAGUUCCACCAACCUAUAUGUUUUGCAUCAAAUAGUGUUCAAAUAAUAAAAUAAAAUUCCA